UCCUAAUUGCAUCAAGCCAGGGUUCCCCCAGAGCUGCUCCUCGCUCCCGGCUGCCCCAGGGGUCCCCAAACCCCCAGCCCCAUUCAUCCCCGUGCCCCCCUUGUCCUGGGGGUCCCCUGGGGCUGUGCCGGCCGUGGAUGUCAGGUCUGCCAGCCAGGCUCGGUGUGCCCAUCUCUCAGCUCGAUUUGGGGCCGAGGUCGGGCACCGUGGGAGGAUAAUUGUUGGUGAUCACUAACGAGGGGCUCUGCUGGCUCCGUGUCCAGCUGGACGCCGUGCCCACGUGUGGGGUGAGUGGCCACGGGUGGGAUAUUGGCUUGGUGGCAGCUCUGCCAGGGCGAACCAGCCCCGGAGCAGCCCGCGGGUUCCCGUGCGCUCCCGUCCUGGCUCUGGGGAGCAGGGAACAAGCAGCCCCCCCCCUUGCAAAGGCAGCAACCGCCCGUAAUUAAACCAAGUGGGAAAGGUUGCCAUGGCACCACGAGCGAAGAAACGAAGCUGCACCUUCACUGCUGCUCCACAGCCCCAGGGCGCUGCGAGCUGCUCCUCCUGGGGUGCCGUGGGGUGCCGUGGGGUGCUGUGGGGUGCUGUGGGGCACCCCGAGCUCCCUCCUCUUGCCCCUAUCCCCUCCCCGUAUCUGCAGGGGGGCAGUGGUAUCGGGAUGGGGCAGCGGUGCUGUGGCCUUGGGGCCGUGCCGUGCCCCUUCCCUGGGGAGCUGGGGUUGUUCCCUGCGGGCUCCCCAAACAUUUUUUAGGGUCCUGAUUUCCACGCAGCGCCCCGUGCCGUGGGGCCGCGUCCCCAUCUUUUUGGGACCCCCCCAGGCUGCGCUUGGCACGGUGCAGGUGGCCCUCGGGGGCUCUCCAAGGGGUUGAUGCGGACCCCAGGCUGGGGGCUGCUAAAAUUUGGGGGCAUCCCCCCUCCCCAAAAAACACACCCCAACUUCUCCCUGCACCUGCAGCCACCCGAGGGAGCCGCUCCAUCGCAUCCCGUCGUCCUGGCAACGGGUGAGGAUGCUGCAGAGCCAGCCCCGGGCUGUCCCCUCCGGCUAUGGGGGGGGCACCCUCACCCCAAAAAAAGCCCCUGGAAUGGGACCUGGGGGUCUCCAGCCAGGCGGAGGGGGGAGUGCUCAGCUCUGGGGACUGUCCCCUCUCUCAGUGCCCAUGGGUUGUGUCCCCUUGUCCCCUUGUCCCCAGGGGCUGUGGCUGUUUUCCAGGCGGUGCGCAGGAGCACCAAUUAGUUAAUUACCAGCAGGCCACCUGGCCAUUAAGCCAUCACCACGAGGCUCUUCUGGGACACGAGCAGAGGGGCUGGGGGGCUCCUGCUGGGGCUGGGGGCUAUGGGGUGAGCAACUGUUUCCUCCUGCCCAUGGGUGUGGGGAGAGGGGCUGAGGUCUGCCCCCGCUGCCACCCUCUGCAAGCGCAGGAAUUUCGCACAAACUUGACGAUGGCACCAAAAGAGCAGAUGUUCGAAUUACACCAAUUUGGGCAAAUUUCUCCCGUUGAAACCCCCUCGGAUCAAUCCUUUGUGUACGGAACUGAGUUGCCUCUCACACCCACUUUAAUCUCGUUAGCGCCGCGGCAGCUCCCAGCCGGAGGCUUUGGGGUGCCGGCUGUGCCCUGCACGAGGUGCACCCCGUGUGGGUGGCGAGGGGGGAAAGAGCAUUUUUGGGGGAUGUUCCCUUCAUCGGAGGGGUUUCAGGGCAAGGAUGGUGCCUCUGCUCCUUGGGGCCCUGGUGAUUGGGGCUGGAUGUCGGGGGCAGCCCUGGCUCCAACCUCAUCCCGAGGGGUUUUAGGGGUGCUGGUGGUGCAGGGGGCUCUGGGGGGGUCUGGGAUUUUCCAUCAGCCUCCAGCUCGUGCCCAUCCGCAGCCCCGUCUCUGCUCCUCCUGGAUGCUGUGCCCAGCCUGGGUUUUAUUUUUGCCUCUGCCCCACAUUUCGGGCUCGUUCCUUGCCCUUUCUCUGGCCUUGUCCUCCUGUUGUGUUUCUGCCACGAUAAAAAUAGCCGAGGAGGUGCCAAAAUAGCAUUAAGGCGCUUGAAUAUGCAAAUGCUCCCUGCUUGCCCCGGCGCCUCCUCCGUUUCAGCAGGACCGCUGGGUGCCCUGCACUGCUGCGGAACCUCCCGAAAAGCUCCUAAAAACCCUGGUUUCUGGCCCAAACCUGGCGAGUGGUAUGCGCUCCCUCCAGAUGGCCCUGGCCAUGGCACCGCCGUGCCCCAUCCCACCGAGGGAGCUGUCCCAGUGCCACCUUCCCCUUGCUGGGAGCAGGCACAGCACCGUGGAGCUGAUGGAGAGCUCCCCGGCCCCGAGCCGAUCCCUCUGGUCGGGGGGGGGGGGGGGGGAUAUUUCGGGAGCGCCGUCACCGGGCCCCGCUGCAGCCGUAGACGGGGAGGGAAUUAAAGACUUGGAGGAGCUGGCAGAGCUCCCUCGGGGAGCCUGUCAGGGACUUCAAAUCCAUCCUUGUUCCUUCCUUCCCAUCAGAAAUUACAAAAUGUGGCUGCUGCCAUGCUGGAAGCAGCCGGCACUUCCAAUUUCUGGCUGGGGGGCUCUGGUUGCUGCCCCCCUGCUGCUCCUCACCCUGUCCCCAGCCGGUGCCGAGGUGCGCCCAUGCCCCACGGGGGCUCACAGCUGUGGGGUCGUGAUGCCCGAGCUGUGCCCCCCGUCCCGGUGAGCAGUGCCCGUGCCGGGUGCUGCACCCCUUGGAGGCUCCAGGGAUGGGCUGGGGGGGCCAGACCCAGCCUGGGAAGCCCCCUUGGUUAAGGGAUGGAGCCCACUGCCCCGUCAGGUGCCCAGCUUCCAGGGGGACACCAGCUUGAUUUUUGGGAGCAGCCUCCAGGCACAACCCGCACCCUGUGCACCAAGCACCAGCUGGGGAGCAGCAGGGCAUCGCGGGGACCUGGGGGACCUGAGCUGCGUCCCCCUCCCCAUCCCAUGAGCAUCAAGGCGAGCUCAGCCCUGAUGCCCCCUCGGCCCUGCCCGGCUCCCCCGGCAGGCUGGGGCUGGCAGACGGCGCAGGCUGCAUUUCCACGGCGAUAUUUAAAGCCCGAGCGGGUGGGAAGCGAAGGAAUCGAUUUCCCAAGUGGGAGGGCAGGGGUGUUAUUUUUAUAUGGCAUUGGAUACGCAGCUUAAAUCUGGCCCUGGGAAGUGAAGAGGAAACGGGUGGGGAAGGGAAAUCGCGUCCUGGCACUGACGCGGGCUCCGGGCGCACGGGCAGAAUCACGCCUGGGGUGGCAGGAGGGGACGGGGACCCUUGUGGGGUCCCCAUCGGGUCCAUCCCUGCAGCCCCUCAGCACCUCAGCACCCGGUCCCCUGAGACCCUGAGGGUCCGUGUGGGUCGAGGAGCUGCCCGGGUGCUGUGGGUGCAGUGGGUGCUUUGGUGCGAGGGGCUGAUCCUGUGCCGUGCCGGCUCCUGCCAAGGGAGCAAGCAGCCGGGGACGUGCGAUCUCCCCACUGCCGAGCCGUCUUCUGUACUUAAUUAAUUAGUGUUUGUAAAGCGCCGGGAUCCUUGGCUGAAAGGCGCUAUUAGAAGUGCAAAGUGUUGUUAUUAAUAAUUUACAGAAGCCGUUCUGCUGCCUCUUGUUUGGCUGCCGAUGCCGGUGAUGCCGAAACCGCGACGGCUUGGCUGCGGCCGGGUCCCAGCACUGCAGUAAUAAUUCUACCAGUCGUCAUCUCGGUUGACAAAACACUGUUGAUGUGACAGCUCCGAGCUAUGAAAUCUCCGUUACCGCUCGAUAAUUAAUUUACUAAUUGCGUGCGCUGCCUCGCCACGCGGCUUGGAGCCAGCCCCGCAGCUGGCGGAGCCCGGCUGACCCCGGUGCUGGGGGGAGCCACGGGGGGGUCCUGCCCCUGCCGCGGGGAUGGGGCUGGACUGGGGAGUGGGG